UGUUCUUUGCGGAUAACAGUUUUCAGCACGGAGUGCGUGCGUGUGCGUGCGUCCAAAACGCAGUUGUGUGUGUGUGCGUGUGCUUUUCCUCUUAUUUUUCUAAAAUAAUUUUAUUGAACUGGUUGGCUUUAUGAAGAGAACGCCACAAAAAGUCCAAGCAUUUGUAUAUUCGUCGCAGAAUUCCGCUUAAAAUUUCCAGCUUAACAAUUCCAAAAUCUGAAAACACUGAAUGCAACACCAACAAAAACGCAGUAGCAGCGACGUCGGCAGAGAAACAACAAGAACAACAAUCGUGGUGAUGAAGCGAUGAGAGAGAGAGAGUGUAAUAUUUGACAGCAUGUGAGCUAAUCAGCAAAGCAGCAAUUUCUGCAAACAUUUUGUGCUUCUUAAGAGCAAUUAAUAAACGAAAAAGUGGGAAAACGUAUACAUAUUAUAGUAACAAAUUUAUUAUUGUUGCAUUCUGUUCUCAAGUCAAUAAAACAAAAGGGUAAACAUAAAAAACAGAGGAGAAAAAACAUUGAGCUGUGACCACCAAGAAACGCAGUCGACUUCUCUGCCGGCAGAACGAAGAAAAAGAAGAAGCAAAAUAAAAAGCAGAUUAACCUGAUUGAAAAAUCUAAAUUUUAAAGAUUGAAUGUUUGGUUGUUUGUCUUAUGUUUGCCCAUUUACACUAAAAAAAAACACGGUGCCAAAAUAGUUGAAAAAUCAGAAUAUCAAAGCAACUACAAAAGCUGCUGCUGGCUUCGACCGAGGCACCAAUCUUAUCGGCGAAAAAAGUGUCCCGGAGCCCAAAUUAUGUUUUUUUUUGUUUAGCGAUGGAUUAUUGAUUCUGAAAUCAGAAAAAUCGAAGAAACUAAUAAGCCAAGUAAAAAAUAGUGACCAUUAAGGCAAGAUGACGGACUUUGUUGAGCUGAUGAACAGCAUGUCUAGUACGUUCAAUAGCGACUGUGCUACUUCAACAGAGGAGGGUGGUACGUUGUUAAAUCUGAACUUGGCGGAGGACAAAACCCUUAAGUGGCGUAAUUUGGCCAAUAACCAGUUCGCCAGUAAAGAAAAAAAGCAAAAGGACAAGGAGGAAGAGCGCAAGGAGGCAAGGAAUCGAGAGGAAAUAGAAGAUAUUAGGGCACUUUUGGCAGAUGUUGUCGAUGCGGCUGCUGUCAAGCUGGAAGAAGAAGCAGCGCAGAAUGCAGAAAAAGUCGAACAAAAUACAAAAAGCGAAAAAGAGGAAGAAGAAAGUAGGAAGGAAGUGGAGUACGGCCAAGAUGUCGCGAAACUAGACUCCGAAAAGGAAGAAAAGCUGAAGAAUGACAAAGCGACAUCCAUAACAGUAAAGCUGGAAAGCAAUGAGCGUGCAGAGAAAAACGCAACGGAAAGUGCAACGACGUCGACAGAGAGAUGGCAGAGCGAAAGCUUUAAAACUGAGCAGCAAAAUAAAGAAGCAGCAGAGCAAGAAGAAGAAGACAUGCUAGCAGCAGCACAAAAACCGGCGGCAAUUGCAGAAUUAGGGACAACAACAAGAGCUGAGGCAGCAGCAGCAUCUCCACUUGUUGUUAGUUCUGCUAGCGUCAAAAUCACUGCUGACGCAACCAACCCAAACCCAAAUGCCAGUAUAAACGGAGAGCAGCAAGCAGCGACGUCGGCAGGGGCAGCGACAUUAGCUGAUAAAAAUGAACAAGCUUCGCCGGGUGGAACGCGACGCUCUCGAAGAACACCCCGACCCACUGACACGCCCACUUCAUCUACCGAUGAACAUGUUCAGGCGGACAAUAAAAAACUCGAAAAGUCGGAGCAGCAUACGGAUUGCAAUAGCCAUCUGGAGAGAUUCACACUGGAAGAAAAUACGGCUAUUGUUAGAUUGCAGCUGAAGAGUGAACCGGAGAAACCGUCACCGACUACAUCAUCGCCUGAAGAAAACUUGACUCCUGCUCCCAAACGAGGAAGGGGUCGAGCCAGAAAAAUAAGACCCGAUGCCGAGGUGGACACCAGUGAGGUUACUUUAACCUGCGAGGAUUCAUUAGGCGAGAAGAAACCGGGACGCAAAAGGAAACUCCCGGAUGAACCGCUAGAUCAGCAGCAAAUAAGCGACUUUGUAGUGGUGAAAACAGAGCAGGAGGAAUUGGGUGAGGCUCCCUUGGGAGAUGUCAAGAGAAUGCGUCGUAGUGUCCGAUUGGGCAAUCGAUUACUCGCCGAUGGAAGCACCUGGGAGGAGGUAAAGGCAGAGCCACUUCCCCCUCAGCCUUCUACAGAGCUUUCCUUGACGGAGGUCACUUCUGAGAUCUUGCCUCUAGCCGUGCUAGAUGAGAAGACCCCACCCAAAAAGCGAGGGCGGAAGGCAAAAAUUCCGCCCGGUGUAAAGUUAGAAUCAGAAACAUCCUCCGUGCUACCCAUUGCUAAUGGCACCAAGAAAUCGAAUUCCACUGGUGGAUCCGAACUUCAGCUGCCCAAGCGUUCAAAAAGAAGAAUUAAACCAACGCCAAAGAUAUUAGAAAAUGACGAGCUGCGCUGCGAGUUCGAAACGAAGCAUAUUGAGCGUAUGACCCACUGGGAAAGUGCUGCAGCAGUAGAUGGGGAUUUUGAAACGCCAACAACAGGCGGUAAUGGCUCGAAUUCCUCGACUUCAAGGCAAAAGAGCGACAAGUCUGACGGGAGCAACUUCGACGGUGGCCCAGGACAUCCAGCGGGCACAAGUGCCAUAAAAAAACGACUCUUCUCAAAGUCCCAGCGGGACAUUGAGAACUAUGGUGCUGCAAUGUUAGCCAAAAGCAAAUUACGUCCGUGUCCGGAUGUCGAACAGUUUCUAAGCGACAUCAAGGCAUCCCGAAUUAAUGCAAAUCGAUCACCAGAAGAAAGAAAAUUAAACAAAAAACAGCAACGAAAACUGGCCAAACAGAAGGAGAAGCACCUAAAGCAUUUGGGACUGCAAAAAAACCACAGAGAUGAGCCCUCGGAUAACGACAGUUCCAAUACGGACAAUGAAUUUUUACCUACUACAAGAGUGCAGGUGGGAAAACCAAGUGUUACUUUGAGAGUGAGGAAUAGUGUUACCAAGGAGCUGCCCACAACACCCACUGCCGCUCAGAAAUCGCGGAGUCCAGUCGUGCAGGCAGCGAAACUCACGAGAAGAAUAGGGGCAAGAGGAGCCGGAGAAGUUACUGUGGCAACCCGAGCAGGUGUGUCCAUUUCUACACUCGAUGCGGAGCAGCUUCACUCGUUGAACACAUCGAUUCAAGCUGAUGUUACUCCCAUAAGAGACUUAGAUAUGAGGCCCAGCACCUCAAGAGUGGCAAAGUUUAUUUGUCUAUGCCAGAAGACUUCCCAGUACUAUGCCAGGAAUGCCCCGGAUUCAUCAUACUGCUGUGCCAUCGAUCACAUCGACGAGCAGAAAAUUGGCUGUUGUAACGAACUGUCCUCGGAGGUUCACAAUCUACUCAGACCCAGCCAACGGGUUAGCUAUAUGAUCCUAUGCGACGAACACAAAAAGCGCCUAAACUCACACAAUUGCUGCGCGGGAUGUGGCAUAUUUUGUACACAGGGAAAAUUUGUGUUAUGCAAGCAGCAGCACUUCUUUCAUCCCGAUUGUGCCCAGCGAUUUAUUCUAAACACUUCAUACGAGAAAGAACUCGUCGAUAUGGGAGAUCCGGGAGUCAAAUUCAGCAGUCCCGUGUUGGUGCUUAAGUGCCCCCACUGUGGAUUGGAUACACCAGAGCGGACCUCCACGGUGACCAUGAAGUGUCAGACCCUGCCUGUUUUUCUGCGCACCCAAAAGUACAAGAUCAAACCUGCCAGGUUGACAACCUCUCCGCACCUAGCUCAAUUUGGAACCGUUGGGAAAGUCAAUACUUCAGGAGCCAAGGCCAGAAACAAGGGAGCACCUUCCACCGCCGUAACCUUAAGCGCAUCAUCAUGCUCUGCCUCAAAAACAAAUGGAAACCAGAGAGGCAGGGCCGGCAGCUCCCAUUCUAACUCCGGCCAUGCUCUUAAUUCGAUAAACUUUGCUCAACUCAUACCCGAGUCCGUAAUGAAUGUAGUACUACGGGGUCAUGUGGUUUCUGCCAGUGGUCGCGUGACCACAGAAUUUACGUCGCGGGAUAUGUACUAUGCAGUCCAAAACGAUGACUUGGAGCGCGUAGCGGAGAUUCUGGCUGCUGACUUCAACGUGCUGACUCCCAUACGGGAAUACUUAAAUGGCACCUGCCUGCAUUUGGUGGCCCACUCGGGCACACUUCAGAUGGCAUAUCUGCUGCUCUGCAAAGGAGCAAGUUCACCGGAUUUCGUUAACAUUGUGGAUUAUGAACUGCGGACUGCUUUAAUGUGUGCGGUGAUGAACGAGAAGUGCGACAUGCUAAAUCUUUUUCUGCAAUGUGGCGCGGAUGUGGCCAUUAGGGGUCCCGAUGGCAAGACGAGUCUGCAUAUUGCUGCCCAGUUAGGCAACUUAGAAGCCACUCAGUUGAUUAUAGACAGCUACCGGACUUCUCGAAAUAUUACCAGCUUUUUAAGUUUUAUUAAUGCGCAAGAUGAGGGUGGUUGGACGGCCAUGGUCUGGGCCGCAGAGCUGGGACACACGGAUAUAGUUAGGUGGGUUCCUCUGCCCCUAGUGGUUCUCUUAAAGCUGAUUAAUAUUUCUCCCUUCUUUAGCUUUCUGCUAAACCAGGAGGCUGAUCCUAACAUCUCCGACAAUGACAACAAUACGGUGCUGCACUGGUCCACGCUGCACAAUGAUGGUUUGGACACGAUUACGGUCCUGCUGCAGGCAGGGGCGGACUGCAAUGUACAGAAUGUGGAGGGCGACACGCCUCUGCACAUUGCCUGCCGUCAUUCUGUUACCCGCAUGUGCAUCGCAUUAAUAGCUAAUGGAGCUGAUCUAAUGAUUAAGAACAAGGCGGAACAGCUUCCCUUUGAUUGCAUCCCGAACGAGGAGUCUGAAUGCGGUCGCACUGUAGGUUUUAAUAUGCAGAUGCGCAGUUUCAGACCUCUAGGCCUCCGUACCUUUGUGGUUUGUGCAGAUGCCUCGAAUGGCAGGGAGGCACGACCAAUACAGGCGGUUCGAAACGAACUGGCGAUGUCUGAAAAUGAGGAUGAGGCAGAUUCGCUUAUGUGGCCGGAUUUUCGCUAUAUAACGCAAUGCAUCAUCCAGCAGAACUCGGUGCAGAUUGACCGACGCGUUUCACAAAUGCGCAUCUGCUCCUGCCUGGAUAGUUGCAGUAGCGAUCGGUGUCAGUGCAAUGGAGCCUCCUCGCAGAAUUGGUACACAGCCGAAAGUCGGCUGACCGCCGACUUUAACUACGAGGAUCCUGCUGUAAUCUUCGAAUGCAACGACGUCUGCGGUUGCAAUCAGCUGUCCUGCAAAAACCGUGUAGUACAGAAUGGCACAAGGACACCGCUACAGAUUGUCGAGUGCGACGAGCAGGCGAAGGGCUGGGGAGUACGGGCGUUGGCCAAUGUCCCCAAGGGCACUUUUGUGGCCAGUUAUACAGGUGAGAUUUUGACCGCAAUGGAGGCAGAUCGACGCACCGAUGACAGCUACUACUUUGACCUGGACAACGGUCACUGCAUCGAUGCCAACUAUUAUGGCAAUGUAACCCGGUUUUUUAACCACUCGUGUGAACCGAAUGUUUUGCCCGUUCGUGUUUUCUACGAACAUCAGGACUACAGAUUCCCGAAGAUCGCCUUCUUUGCCUGCCGCGACAUCGAUGCCGGAGAGGAGAUAUGUUUUGACUACGGAGAAAAAUUCUGGCGCGUGGAACAUCGCUCCUGUGUGGGAUGUCGAUGCCUGACAGCAACCUGCAAGUACGCCUCCCAAUCCUCAAGCACAAAUGCCUCGCCCACGGAUGCAACAACUGCAACGGAACCUGAAACGGGAACGCUGCCGUCUACAAUUGCGGAGAAAAUUGAGCAGGCGUAGACGAAAACCACCUCAACUCGAAAUGAUUGCAGAUUCCUCAUUUUCAUCCGACAAACAAAAUACCCACCAAUACCAUCAGCAACCAGAUAAGACAGACAUCUGACAUCACAGCAUCAACAGAUUCGAUAACCAUGUGUGUAAUAUUUUCGUAUGAACGCUGAAUCGUCCGACCGGGCCUUUCUUCUUUGACUGCCAAAUGUUUCAUGGUUAACAAAUUUUUUAUCUAUUUUUACGUAUACAAAUAGUGUUUGUUUAUUAUUAUGAAUUUCGUUUUAUUUGUAUUAAUUUCUUUACCCCCUAUCAAUAAUGUUUUUAUUAUUAGUACCUGUAACAACAAAUUAGUUUAUACUUCCUGCGCGAGACAAACUAAUCAAAUAAGAAGGGCAAAUCAAAAUUGCUUCCCGAGA